AUGCUCGACGUGUCCCCGCGCGUCGUUCUCGUCGCCGCAAUCGUGUGCUCCGCGCUCCCGGUGUAUGCGCACGUUUCCCGGCCCACCUACACCAAUAGUGCCAGCGACGGCCUAGUGUUCAUGUCCAUGCCGCUUGCGGUGAUCGUGGUCGUCCAGAUCAUGGCAUCCACGGGCAUGAUGGAAUCCCCACAGAGCCCGGCAGUCGAGGAGACCAAGCCCGCAGAGACGUCGUAG